AGCCUAGAUAUUUGAGUUUGUUACAUGAAUUCUGUGGAAAUCACACAUAGCGACGAAUCUGCAUAUAUAAACAAAUCUCAGCCAACCAUUCCCAAACCCCCUUUUUCUCAUUCAUAUAUCCCUCCCUCAAUUGCACACCCUCUAUCUCUAUCUUAUCAAAGUCAAAUCCAUUUUUUCGAUCCAACACCCUUUUCACUUUUCUUUCCAUUAGUUUCUCAAGGAAAGAAACUUGAGUUUUUGCAUCAAAUCUGGCUAUAAAGAGGCAAUUGUCUCUUACGCAUGUCAAAAACUGGGAUCCAAUAGGACCCGAAAGAGUUGUUUCAGUCUGGCAGCUACAACAAAUAUAAACCGCUCUCGCACCACUAAACAACCGGUGGUGGGUGAUAAUAAUGAAGGAGUGAUUCUGCUUUGCGUGUUAAGACGAUCAAGAUCAUCACAUAUAUGGAGACUGCGCCGUGUGUCUGUCGGCUUGUCGCUUGACUACGGCUAACAUCACUAUAUUUGUUCUACAAGUUUCUUUUUAUCGACCUAUCGACGUUUGUUUCAAAUAUUUUCAGUCUUCUAGAUGUAGUUGAUCAGUGAGUUCGUUCGUUCGUUCUUGUUACAUUUCAAAGUUAGUAAAGCGCAACAGUUUGAUCGCGAUGUUUAGAUUCUCCUGCUUUCAUUCUCCUACUCAUACUCAGAAACCCAAGAAAACCGUCCACUUGCCUACCGAAGCAAUGCAAAAAACACUCGAAGAUUACGCCAGAAACAAGCCUAGGAAAAACCCCGAAUUACCCAAAGACGUUAACGAAGGCACCAACGCUAACCCAUCUCCAUCUUCAAUGGGUCAAGAUUGGAAAUCCGAAGGGCUUAAAAGCAUGAACGACACCGAUAGUGAACGUGGCCACGAAAUCAGGGGAAUGAGAAAGAGCGUGUCGUUAGGAAGCGGCCUGGCAGCCUAUCAGGACGUGACAUCUGGCGAAGAUUUGUCGUCUUCUCAUAAUCAUAGUGGAGAUGAGUAUCAAAAACCCGAGGCUUCUAUGUCUCCUCAAAUAAGUUCCAAUCUGGUUAAUCUCGCAUCGGAUUUGUCGCUUGAUCACCAACAGUCGGACAAAGAGGUUGGUGAUGGUUCCGAGACUCGGUUUUCUGGUCCGCUUAGAACUCCACACACCAUUAUGAAGUCAAACUCUUUGCCGUAUUUGCAUUUGGCGCUCGGUGAUGCGGUUCAUCAAUCUCGAUCUUCCGAGGAUUUGAAGGCUUUGAACUCGAGAUGGAAUGAUAAAUCCGUUGAUGAAGACGACGAUGAGAUUUCUCCGGAAAUAGAAAAUGAUAGUGCGGGUCAUGUUAAUAAAGUCGACGGUGAUUGUUAUGACGGUGACGGUGAUGGUGACGAUGGAUAUGACUAUGCGGGUUUGUCGAAAGACUGGAUCGUUCCCGCGGAUGAACUGGGCAAGGGUAAAAGCGUCCAACAAGAUUACUCGGUUCGUCAAUGGGCAGAAUUGCCUAACGAGGAUUUUAAGAUAAAGCGUAUCGAGAAAUGGGUUAUGGAUCUCAAGCAUUCUUCUUCAUUGGAAGAAACCAACAUGCUUUCGGACCUCGAUCGCCAAGGGAAAAACGGUAAAACCACCAUCUUGGAUCCAUCGGCAGCUUCCAAAAACGAUGUGAAGAGUACUCUCGGCAUGGAUGCUGCUAAACAAUACAUUUCUUCUUUAAACGCUGCAGCCACAACCGCUCAACUUGCAAACCAUGGGCUAGUUGUGAUCCCGUUUCUGAGUGCUUUCUCCAGCCUCAGGGCGCUUAAUUUGUCGGGAAAUUCUAUAGUGAGAAUAACUGCUGGUGCUCUUCCUCGAGGACUCCAUAUUUUGAACUUAUCGAAGAACAGUAUCUCCACCAUCGAAGGGCUUCGAGAGCUCACGAGAUUGCGUGUGCUUGAUCUUAGCUACAACAGGAUUCUCCGAAUUGGGCAUGGUCUGGCGUCGUGUUCUUCAUUGAAAGAACUAUAUCUGGCCGGAAACAAAAUAAGCGAGGUGGAGGGUCUUCACCGUCUCCUAAAACUGAACGUAUUGGAUCUGCGUUUCAACAAGCUGUCCACCACAAAGAGCCUAGGACAACUCGCGGCUAAUUACAACUCGUUACAAGCCGUCAGCCUGGAGGGAAACCCCGCGCAAAAGAACAUAGGAGACGAACAACUAAAGAAGUUUCUUCUCAGUCUUCUCCCUCAUCUUGCUUACUACAACAGGCAAUCGAUCAAAUCUGGUACCAUGAAAGACUCAGCUGACCGAGCUGCCCGGCUUGGGAUCUCUGCACAUCAAAUCGACCGUGGGGUAAGGUCAGAUUCGAAAAAGUCAACGCAUGGUAGGAAAAGUCAAGGGGCGGGUGGUCGUGGACGGCACGUGAGGCUGCCGCCAAGUGGGGUUAAGGUGACGGGUAAUAGGCAUCAGUUUCAUGAUGUGAGUAGCAAACUGGUGAGUUUUAGGCCGGAUCUUGGCAUGCGAAGAACUCACAGUGAAGGAUUGCUGAAAGCUGUUUGAGAUGGAAGAAUAAAAUAAGAAAAAUACUAUGUUUAAGAUUUUGGAUUUGGGAUUUGGGUUGUUUGAUAUGACAUUAUGAUUUUCAUUGGUGUUGGUGUGGGAAAACAUUGUUGUUUUGUUGGAUUUUAAGUUUGUUUAUUUAUUUGAGAUAAUGAUGGUUGGUAAUUUUGGUUUGUCCCUGAGCCAUGAAGAAACUUUGAGUUGAAAA